AUGGCGCUGGGCCCGAGAUGUCAGGACAGCCGGUGCACGAGCGCUCGCGCCACGCGCUGGGCCACCCUCCGGCUUCCGAAGAGCCCUCCUGACCUUGGGCCCUCACACGAGGCCCGGGACCCGGGGCUGAAGGUUUUGGGAUUUGAAAUCGAUGCGGUGAACUCUGUCCAGUUUUCAAACCACACAGGCUAUGCUCACUGGAAGGGCCACGUGCUGAACUCCCAGGAGCUCCACGAUCUGUACGAAGGUCUGAAGCUGAACAACGUGAAUAAGUAUGACUACGUGCUCACAGGUUACACAAGGGACAAGUCCUUCCUGGCCACUGUGGUGGACAUUGUGCGGGAGUUGAAGCAGCAGAACUCCAGGCUGGUGUACGUGUGUGAUCCCGUGAUGGGGGACAAGUGGAGCGGCGAAGGAUACAUGUACGUUCCAGAGGACCUCCUUCCAGUGUACAGAGAGAAAGUGGUGCCGGUGGCAGACAUCAUAACUCCCAACCAGUUCGAGGCUGAGUUGCUGAGCGGCAGAAAGAUCCACAGCCAGGAAGAAGCGCUAGUGGUGAUGGACAUGCUGCACGCUAUGGGCCCCGACACCGUGGUCAUCACCAGCUCUGACCUGCCCGCCCCCCGGGGCAGUGACUACCUGAUCGCCCUGGGCAGCCAGAGGAUGCGGAGGCCCGACGGCUCCACGGCCACCCAGCGGAUCCGCAUGGAGAUGCGCAAGGUGGACGCCGUCUUCGUGGGCACCGGGGACCUCUUUGCCGCCAUGCUCCUCGCGUGGACCCACAAGCACCCGGACAACCUGAAGGUGGCCUGUGAGAAGACUGUAUCUGCCAUGCACCACGUUCUGCAGAGGACCAUGCAGUAUGCACAAGCUCAGGCCGGGGAAGGGCAGAAGCCCAGGCCGGCGCAGCUGGAGCUGAGGAUGGUCCAGAGCAAGAAGGACAUCGAGGACCCUGAGAUCGUUGUGCAGGCCACGGUGCUGUGAGGGCCGCGCUCGGACGCACAGCGCGGCGGUGUCUUCAUGUUCAUCCCUGUGAAAAACACCUGACGUCUGCCUUAGAGCCACGACCUAAACUUGACAUUGUUCCUUCAUGAGUGUCGGGUCUCCGCUAGUCUCAAUUGUGAAAACGUGCCACUGUGCUCUUCCAAAAAUCCACAAAGCUGUCAUAGAAAUUUGUGAUUUGGAAACCUGGUCUCUGCCCCAGCUGUGUGGACCGGCUUGGGGUCCCGCGGGCACCCACGCCUGCCGUCCGGGGGGCCUUGUGUUCGGCUGUUAUUCUGAGAUCGCCAGAUACCUGUAUUGUCACCCCGUCUCCUGUCCUGUGCCCGCUGCAAUUCUCGCGUCUUCAUUGCUGCUCCCCGGGUCUCUGGGACGUGCGGUCCGCGAGGUGGGCCCUGUGAGGACAGGUUGGUCAGUGUGUCCGCCUUCACACACCCCGUGCACAGGGUGCUGCUGCUGCUCAGGUGGUUUGAGACGUGAGGAGCCGCGUUAGGUUUUUGUCCAAACGCUCCCAGUCUGCCUUGCGGUUGUCGAGUGGAGGCGCUGCGUGUGUAGACCGCAGGGAGGCGGAGGAGGCGUCUGCCCGCGUGGCAUACUUCACUCCCAGCCCGUGUGUGUCCUGUGCGGGGCCAGCGGCCCUCACUGCCAACUCUUCCCCUCGGGAGUCUUCCAAGGGGACAUGUGUCACCCUGGGGUGGGGCAGCCGCCAGACCCCAGAGUAGGCUGCGACAUUGAAGGCUAUAGUGUACGCUGGACACAAGUCCAGCUGUCCACUGCUCAGUGGGACCAGGCAUGGCCACAAGUGGGACUUCCUGGCUCUGGUCUGCCCCCACCCCGCAGCCCUAUGCCCGGGUCCUGGGAAAUCUGCUUCCUUCAGAAGUAUCCUUCCCACUGGAGUCAGCCUCACCAGGUGAAGAACUGGGAGCAGGCUGGGUAUGGCUCGGCCCAGGGCAGGGUUCAGUGAGGGCCUGGGUUCUGUCUGCAGCACUGCAAGAACACGAGAAUCUUAUCUGGCGUCUGAAGUGGCACACGCAAGGAGGCGCUGGUCCCUGGGGCCCAGCCCACUCCUCCCCCCAUGACCGCGCCCCCUGGGCGCCUGAACGCACGGGGUCCACACUUGGCUGCGGCUGGCUGGUUCCCUGCUGCCAAGCAGAGCAGACCUGUGUUUCCUGCCCACAGUCACCUGCGCCUCCGUGGGGCCUUCCACACCACGCAGUGGCCAGGGUGGCAUGUGGCCACUGGUGAUGGGUGAGGGACGUCCCCUACCCCAAGCACAGGCCUGGGGGCAGUGCCUGUGUACAUCUCCAGGGAGGUGGGGAAGGGUCCCGGGCCGUGUGGUGCGGCGCGCCUUGGUUUCCUGACUCAAGCCGGGGACGGAGCUGCAGCAGGGGAAGUGGGAGGCGCAGUGCUGAACGUUGGUCCCGUGUGUGUAAGGUCCUAAGCCCCUGCCCAGAAAGCGGACCUGAGCUGUGCAGGUCUCGGGACCCUGGUGCCCCAGCCCUGGGGUUGAGGGUCCCUUGAAGGUGGCUGUGGACCCGGCGUGGCUCCUGGGUGCGGUAACACAAGCUAGCAAGUCAGAAGCUCGAGGAGCGCGGGCGCAGGCAGCCGCUUCCUUAGCGGAAAGCGCUCCAUCCUUCCUUAACCCGCUGUUGAAACUGAGGACUACUUUAAAGAAGAUCUGUUUAGAGUCACGCUUAGUCCUGCAAGGUAACUCCUGUCUCUUAUUUUUGCAGUGUAAGUUAGUGAUUGUGCGGAGAGUGCUUUGCUUUGUGUCCUUAAGCUUGUCAGAGCCAGGUUUUAAAGGUCACUUGGUUGUGGUGGAGGCCACCGAGCGUGA